AUGGCUGCUUCAGCGUUAUUGAAGAGCCGUGUCCGUCGCCCAUCGUACCUGAGCAAGCUGGCCAAAGCAGAAGACCUCAUUGACCUGUUUCCUCAUGGCUCAUACAUUGGAUGGUCUGGCUUCACUGGUGUUGGUUAUCCAAAGAUGGUGCCAACAGCCCUGGCCGACCAUGUGGAAAAGAACAACCUCCAAGGAAAGCUCAAAUAUACCCUCUUCGUUGGAGCCUCGUCCGGUGCAGAGACAGAGAACCGCUGGGCGCGCCUGAACAUGAUUGAGCGUCGCAGUCCGCACCAGGUCGGCAAGGAAAUCGCAAAGGGGAUUAACAAUGGAAACAUCAAGUUCUUUGACAAGCAUCUCAGCAUGUUUCCGUCCGAUCUUGUUUACGGAUGGUAUACGAAAGACCGGCCGCAUAAUAAACUUGACGUCACUGUCAUCGAGGCAACCGCCAUUACUGAAGAUGGUGGUAUUAUUCCGGGUGCCUCUGUCGGUGCAUCUCCAGAGCUCGUGCAGAUGGCCGACAAGAUCAUUAUCGAAGUGAACACCGCCACGCCCUCCUUCGAAGGUCUGCACGAUAUCAGCUUGUCCGACAAACCCCCCCGGCGCAAACCAUACCUUAUCCUCUCCCCUGAAGACCGCAUUGGCACACCCCACAUCCCCGUCGACCCCGAGAAAGUCGUCGCCAUUGUCGAAUCCGACUACCCAGACGCAACGCAGCCCAAUUCCCCCGAAGACGAGUCAUCCCGCGCCAUUGCCCGCAACCUGAUCGAUUUCCUGCAGCACGAGGUCAAGAUGGGCCGUCUCCCCGAGAGCCUCCUCCCAAUCCAGUCUGGAAUUGGCAAUAUUGCCAACGCAGUAAUCGGCGGGCUGAGCCAUGGCGCGAACUUCCGUAAUCUCAAGGUGUGGACUGAGGUCCUUCAGGAUUCCUUCCUCGACCUGUUCGACAGCGGACACCUCGACUUCGCAACCGCCACCUCAAUCCGCUUCUCGCCCGACGGCUUCAAGCGCUUCUACGACGGCUGGGAGCACUACUACCCGAAACUCCUCCUCCGCUCGCAACAAGUCUCCAACUCCCCCGAAAUAAUCCGACGAUUGGGGGUCAUUGGCAUGAACACACCCGUCGAAGUCGACAUCUACGCGCACGCCAACAGCACCUGCGUGAUGGGCUCGCGCAUGCUGAACGGGCUCGGUGGGUCGGCGGAUUUCCUGCGCAAUGCGAAAUACAGUAUCAUGCACACGCCCAGCACGCGGCCGACCAAGUCCGACCCAACGGGGGUUAGCUGCAUUGUUCCUAUGUGCACGCACGUCGACCAGACAGAGCAUGAUCUGGACGUAGUCGUGACCGAGCAGGGACUCGCUGACGUGCGCGGUUUGAGUCCUAGGGAACGCGCGCGUGUUAUUAUUGAUAAGUGCGCGCAUCCAGAAUACAAGCCCAUCCUGCAAGACUAUUUCGAUCGCGCCGAGUUCGAGUGUCUGAAGAAGGGAAUGGGUCAUGAGCCGCAUAUGUUGUUCAAGGUGUUCAAAAUGCACCAGCAGUUGGCGGAGAAGGGGUCGAUGAAGAUCGAUUCCUGGGAGUAA